AUGUCAUCAACUAAUGACGCACUCUCAUAUCUUGUUGGUUUAGCAAACGCUAAAGCUGCUGCCGCCUCCGCUUCCUCUUCUGAAAAAUGGGACAGUCAACAUCAUGACCUACACCAAAGUGGGCAAGAUUCAAGCUCAGCCAAUGUGAUAUACUUCGACGAAAGAUAUGAUGAUGGUAUUCCUAUAUCGCAAGAUGAACUCAAUCGUCAAAGGCAAAUGCAGCGAGAGCUAGGGAAACUUCAAUUUGUAAAUCCGGGUGGACUAAUGACACAGCCAACUAAUACUCGCCGAUCAAGAAGGAAAAUAAAUGCUCGAGCUGUUGCAGAAGAUAAAGAGUCAACUCAAGAAAAACGGCAUGUCUUCCAUGACAAAAAAGGGAAACUUGUAGUCCCCGGUGAAGAAAGCAUGACUCUAUGUGAUUGCUUGAUUCCAGAAUGUCAUGGUUGUCAUUGGCCGUGUGCGAAUUGUGGAGGUCGUCUGUGUGGUCCAGUGUGUCAACAGAACCGCAAAAAGUUUGUAUCUUGUGUGAAGGUGUUGGGCAUUACACCAGAAGUAGUGGUAACAAAUCCUUACGUCAAAUUGAAUCAGUAG